AUGCACGUCGUGAUCUGCCCAUUGCUCGCCUUCGGCCACCUGCUUCCGUGCCUCGACCUCGCCCAGCGCCUGGCGUGUGGCCACCGCGUGUCGUUCGUCUCAACGCCGCGGAACAUAUCCCGCCUCCCUCCGGUGCGCCCCUCGCUCGCGCCGCUCGUCUCCUUCGUGGCGUUGCCGCUCCCGCGCGUCGAGGGGCUCCCCAACGGCGCCGAGUCUACCCACAACGUCCCUCACGACAGGCCAGACAUGGUCGAGCUCCACCUGAGAGCUUUUGACGGGCUUGCCGCGCCCUUCUCGGAGUUCUUGGGCACCGCCUGCGCCGACUGGGUCAUGCCGACGUCGUCCGCACCUAGGCAAACACUAAGUUCUAACAUCCACGUGAACCAUUCAUGA